AUGUUUCCCAAGGUUCCGCUGUUCCUCGCAUGCGUUGCGGCUCGAGCCUUUGCGCUGAACCACCACCAAACAGCAGCGGGGUAUCAAGGCCCAGGCUACGGUGGCUACAUUGGCCCUGCUGCUGGUACUCCUUACCAGGGAUAUGCUGGCUUAGCUGGACCACCUCAGCCAUACAGCUCAGGCUACGACACUGUGGAUGAGGUUGGCAACCGGCAGUACCGUAGUGAGCAGGGCGAUGCCAACAACGUGAAAACCGGUUCGUACGGGUACAUGGACGUAUACGGCCUCUACCGUCGCGUUAACUACGUAGCCGAUGCCAACGGCUUCCGUGCGACAGUGGAUACAAACGAGCCGGGCACAGCGCCCGGAGCCAGCGCCGACGUCGUGUUCAACGCCGCUCCAGUAGUGCCGCCGGUUCCUGGAGGAGCUGCAGCUCCUGUGGGUUAUGGUGCCGCAAGAUACGCUGCUUCAGGAUACGGUGGUAGGGCUUCAAUUCCGGGCUACAAUAACGGAUACGGCGGAUACGGGGCCUACGGUGGAUACGGCCCAAAUGCUGGCGCUACUGGUGCCUACGGUUACGGCGGGUACGGACGUUCGGGCUACGCUCCGUAUGCUCAAGGUCUUCGAGGAUACGGCGACGGCGGAUACGCACGUCCCGGCGGCUUUGGUGCAGCCUUUGGGGCUGGUCGAUACGGCGCAGCUGGCUACGGUGGCUGGGCUGCUGGUCAUCACGGCUACCGCCGUCGCUAA